AUGUCUAUAAAUUUCGUUCGUUGUUUAAUGGCAGAACCUUCUGCUCCACCGAUAUCGCAAGUUUCAGUGAUGAAUGUCGAUCAACUAAAUGCGCAACAAUUACCAAGGCAGCCUCAGCCGCCAUAUUAUCCUGCACAAUCACAAUUACCCGUUCCACCAACAAUGGCGGAAGUUCAACCUCCGCCUCCAGGAUUGCCUCCACGUCCUGUAGAUUUUAGUACCCAACAAAGUUACGAUCUGGCCCCUCCUCCACCGUUUCGUGCUGCUAUUCCUACCUCACUACCACAACUACCACAGAUACCACAACCACCACAGCCACCACAACCAAUUGGAUCCAUAAAGGAAGGAUCUACUCCUACCAAAACCGAUAUUACAACUCCACCGCCAAUCUCUUCCCAAGUUCCCAUACCAAAAAAGCCUCCACAAAUGAAAAAAUCUACUCAACCUCUUCAUUUACUUCUUCUAGAAUGUUGUAAAGAGUAUAUCACUGGAAAUCUGACGACAAAGUCUGAAGAAGAUAUUAAAGAGUUAUUAAACGAUCGAAAGAAAUUACAUGCUGAUUUACAGCUCUAUUGCACCGAUGUUAUUCUAACAUCUGCAAGAGAUCGAAUUUUGAACGAAUUAGAUGAA